AUAAUUCCUCAUAUUUUUGUUUAGGUUUUGAGUCUGUUAUUAUUUUUCUUCGUCGCGUUUGCAGCAGCCUUUACAGUGAUACUGAAUGACAGAGAGGGAUUUGGGAAUUUUCAAACCUCGAUGUUAACUACAGCGAUCAUGACGAUCGGAGAAAUUGAUUUUAAAGAGACAUUUCUUCGUCACCAUUAUUACGACAUGUUUUACCCACAACAGAUAGUUCUUUUUGUCGUUUUCGUCGUCGUCAUGCCUGUCGUUAUUAUGAACCUCAUUCUCGCCCUUGCCAUUGAGGAUGCAUCUAAGAUUAGAAAGGACGCCAAAUUGCGGAAACAUAUUCAUACGGCGAACAUGAUCAUCAACCUUGAAAGAAAGAAGUUCAUAUUUUCUUAUUUCACGAAAAAAGAAAAGGCACUUAUAGAUCCUUUGGUGGAAUGGCCCAACCAAAAGCGUGUAUUUUCUAAUUUUGUCGAUGGAAUUAUAUUUUAUGAUUUUUCCUCCGAUAAAGAAGACGUGAGCUCGAAGCAAGUCGAAAAAAAUGAAGAUCUAAUGACGUUGAUUAAAAUGGUUAAAGAAUUACAAAUUCAGAAUGCUAAAGUGUUGAAAAAGUCAGAAGAAAAUUCUAGACUGAUCAAGAAUAUUACUGGAAUUCAAGAAUAAGAAAAUGAUUCUGCGCAGUCUCAUUGUAAACUUAGUUCUCCCUAAAUUUAUACUCGUGUAAUUUCCUGUAGACAUUGUUAGCUUAGAUUAAACCAAUUAAAUUCAUACAUUUUUAUGUUUCACGUAAAUAUUGUCAGGACAUUUUUUCAUCAGUUAUUGAUUCAUCACCUUCAACACGCAUUACUUAGUUUAUAAUGUAGGCAGUGUACACAGAUUGUAUUAAAAAACUGAACUGUUAUGAAAACGUCAUUAAAGUUUUUAGCGCUCAA